AGGAGGGGGCUACACCGCCAGUCACGCUGUGUGCUGUGUGCGCGUGCGGAGGUAACGGAGCCUUGGUGAUUUAACGGAGAGCUACACAGAGAGACAGAGAGAUUGAUAGACAGAGAGAUAGAUAGAGAGAUAACAGGAGGAAGGAAAGAAGAGAAAUUCCUGGUGGAUGUGUAAAAUGGCGCGAGGACGCGCGACUCCCGGGGACCAGCGCCUGUCGUAGGUACCAGGAGAAUUGAGAGGAAGUCGCUCUCCCUCCUCUCCUCUUUUCUCUCCUCCUCUUUUCUCUCCUCCUCUGUCCGGUGUGGCUUUGUGUUUAUCCGCGCACACGUUUGGGAAAGUGAUGAACAUGGCGACGGAGAGACGCCUCCUGGCUGCUGCGCGUCUGCUCGGCAUCUGGUUCACCGCUUUUAUCGGUGUGAGCUGUGGAGCCGAGCUGUCCUUCACAUUGGAACCCAGUGACAUCAUCGCAGUUCAGGAGCAGCCGCUGAUGCUGCACUGUCAGGUGGAAGGGAUUCCACCAAUCACUACACAGUGGAGGAGAAACAGCGCACUCUUAUUGGAGGAUGAGAGCUACGCCACAUUCAUUAACGGCUCGCUGCUGAUUAACAGAUUCCAGAGGAGCAGAACUGAUGGAUCGUCAGAUGAGGGAGACUACGAGUGUGUGGCCCAGAAUUCCUUUGGGUUGGUCGUCAGCCGCAAGGCCAAAGUGCAGGCUGCAACGAUGGCGGAUUUCCACGUGCACCCACACUCUGUGCGAACGGAGUUAGCAGGUGUUGCACGUUUUCAGUGCCAAAUCCAUGGCCUUCCUGAGCCAGUUAUCAGCUGGGAGAAAGAUGGUCGUGCUGUAGACACAAGUGACGAGAGGUACACACUAUUACCCACAGGUGUAUUACAGAUUACGGGUGUUCGUCCGGAGGACGGCGGAGUAUUUUGCUGCGUCGCUCACAACAGUGCAGGAGUCAAACACAGCACUGGAGCUCGGCUCACUGUCUCAGGCUCACAGUCUUCUGUUUACAAAGACCCCAUGAUUCUCGUCGGCCCCGAGAACCUUACUCUCACCGUGCACCAGACGGCCAUCUUGGAGUGUGUGGCUACCGGAUAUCCUCGGCCCAUUGUGUCCUGGAGUCGCCUUGAUGGGCGUCCAAUUGGAGUUGAAGGCAUCCAGGUGUUGGGUACAGGCAACCUGAUGAUCUCAGAUGUCCGUGUGAAACACUCAGGCGUCUAUGUCUGUGCAGCCAACAAACCAGGAACACGUCUCCGUCGAACAGCUCAGGGUCGUCUAGUGGUCCAAGCUCCUGCAGAGUUCGUUCAGCCUCAAUCCAUAGCACGCCCAAUCGGCACCACUGCUAUCUUUACAUGCCUGGCACAAGGCGAGCCAUCUCCUCAGCUCACAUGGCUAAAGAACGGUCAGAUCCUGGAACCCAAUGGCCACGUCAAGCUCAGGAACAACAACAGCACGCUGACCAUCUCCAGCAUCAGCCAGGAAGAUGAAGCGAUAUAUCAGUGUAUAGCGGAGAACAGUGCCGGCUCGUCUCAGGCCAGCGCUCGUCUCACUGUCCUGUGGGCAGAGGGUUUACCGGGCAUCCCUACUGAAGUACGUGCUGACGCCCUCUCGCCAACCUCCAUCCAGGUGUCAUGGAAUGAACCAGCCCAGAACACACAGGACAUCAUUGGCUAUGUACUGCACAUCCGCAAGACAGCAGACCCUAUGGAAAUGGAGUAUCAGGAGGCGGUGAGUAAAGUCACUCUACAGCAAGUGGUUGCUGAUCUGGAACCCUCAACAAGUUACAGCUUCUAUGUGAAGGCCUAUACCUCCCGUGGAGCGAGCAAAGCCUCCGCCAUGGCCCAGGAGACCACACUCGGAGAAGUUCCUGCUCCUCCGUAUCUCCACACUAAGAUGGUGAACUCCACCAUGGUGCAGGUUUCCUGGGAGGCGUCAACAAAAAUGGGUCAGCACGAUGGCUUUAAGCUUUAUUACCAUAAAGCUCAUGAGCCACAGUACACAGGUCCCAUCACCUUCUCUCGGAACAUCACACACUACAACAUCUCUCUAAGUGAUCCAGCAGCAGUGUAUGAGAUUAAGGUUCUUGCAUUUAAUCAGUAUGGAGAAGGAAACGCAACUCUGCGCUUUGUAUCUCUGAAGGAGGCAGUAGAGAAGUCGGUCUCGAACACUCCUUGUGACUGUAUCAAGAAGGAGCAGAAUAAAAGUUCGACUACCGGCAUCAUCAUCGGCAUCCACAUUGGAGUCACCUGCAUCAUCUUCUGUGUCCUCUUUUUCAUGUUCAGCUACCGGGGAAGGUUAUUGGUGUGUAAAUCUGCUCAGGCUGCUCCUCAGGUGGGACGUGACACAAAUGCAGCAGCUUUAGAUUUGGAGUCUUCCACGUCUUCACAUGGAGCUCUGGCCCUCAACGGCCUGCACUCGUCCAGCAUGGACAGUAACGGUGUGAAGUGCAUCGGCAUCUCAAGUGAGAGGGAAAGACUCGUCUCCAGUCCAACUGAUGCCGCACAGAUGAUGGAAAACUUGCUAUCUUCCUGUUCCCUAAACGAAACUCAGAGGUCCACGCUUCCUCUGGAUGAUUUUAGCCUGAUGGAGGAACACCAGGUACCUUUUUGCACUGAAGUCCCAGCAAAUGAAGGAUAAAACGUGAGCAGCAGUCGUAAAAAAAUCCACUCAGUGUAUUCUGCGCCCUCUCAGGUCAAAUGAAAAGAAAUUCUAUUUUCAUUUUUGUUUUUAAUUUUGCAUAGAGUUUUUAGUUAAGUACACAUAUUUACAGGGAAUUUGCUGGACUCUAUUACUGGGAGAGUUUUUGUUUAAACAAAAAGGUGUAAUUCUGCCACGGACUGAUUUCAUCAUUGGAAGGGGAAUAAAGUAUUUUCCAGCAGCACAUAGAGACACUUCUUUUUUCCUUUUUUUUCUUUUCUUUUCUUUUUUUUUUGUGAAAGGUCCUGCUGCCUGCUCUCAGCCUGCCAAUGAUUUCACAACCCAAUCCAGCGAAGACUUCAGCCUUUCUCUCCAGGGAUUUUAAACAGCUUCUAUUAUCUCAGGAUGUUUUUUCUUCCACAAUAUCAAUCUAUUUUUCUUUAAAACAGCCUUCGGGUUUUAAAUCAUUGCGGCUCUCCCCAAAUCCUGGGGUUUACAACAGAAACCUACCUCAACCGGAAUGAAUGUGUUGUAGGAAGCAUUUUUUUUUGUUUGUUUGUUUGUUUGUUUUUGCAUUUCGGUGUCAGUUUUUGUUUCUAACAUUCAGUCAGAAAACAAGAAGACAACAAGGAGAACGGGUGCUGCCCUACCUCAAACACCGCGAUCCACCGUUCAACUCCUCUCGUUUAAGGGAAAACGAGGAAAAAUGUCCAACAUAUAGCACUUCAAAACGUUCAAGUCAAUGUUCUACCUCAAGAUAACAACACAGUUGUUGUCGUUGUGCUUUGUUUUUCAUAAUGAAACGUAUUUCUUUUUUUUUCUCUUUUUUUUUCUUUUUUUGUGCGUGUGCCUCAUUCAAACUUCACAGAUAAAUAUCAAUUCUGCCAUUUCUUUUCAACAUUUUGUAGAGUUUAUAUGUAUUUUUUUGUAUUUUUAUUUUUUAACAUGUAGUUCGAAAGACUGUUAGAGAUGCAUUGCACUUCUACUAAUAAUUUCAGGAUCAAUUUUUUAUUCCAUUUACCAUGUGUUAUGAAGAGAAAAUGAGCUACUGUAUAUCAGACACGAACACUGUUUGUAUGUAUGUAUGUAUGUAUGUAUGUAUGUAUACACAUCUGUGUGGUGAACAUCUGUAAUCAUAUUGUCUGACAAUGAGUAUAGUGGGGGAUGAAUAAUAAUAUGUGUGUAUUGUAGGUAUAUAGAUGCGGAAGUCGAGCACAGAUUUAUCACGGUAGGAAUAUAAAUGGUGAGACGGCAGGGUGUCAGUAAUAUGAUUUCGAUAUGGCUCAUGCCGUUCGUCAACGUCACUGUGUGAUAAUUUCAUCAGGAAUAAAUACAUAAAUAAAUCCAUCCAGCCUGGCCUGUCAGAGCAGACAGGAAGUUCAUGACCUGUCCAUCAACUGCCAAGCGAAGAUCCUCCCCAUCACUAUACCAGAGAAUAAAUAGAGCUACACUACACACACACUAACACUUGCCAAGCAGGGCGUAUUGAAGAAAUGGACAUCCUAAGGAUGUGUUCAUACUUUUUAGCCUUAAUACAAAUAUUAUUUAUAUUUUAUACAGUGCAUUCACAUUAAAGCAAAUAUGAAUGUUUCCUUAACAAGGAGACAUGUCAUAAAAAGUUUAGCGAGCAUUAGCAGAUAUUUUAUCACCUCUAUAUCAUUGUUCACCUUUCUGAAAAUUGAACUACAUUCCAAACAUUGUUCGAGUGAAGAUUUCUACAUGAUGUUUAUGAUUUUUUGAGGGUUUGCAAACAAAGUGCCAAGACAGGUUCCAGGGAUUUUUAACCAGCAUUUAUAAUACCAAAAGUUUUUGACAAAGAAAAUUGUAUGGGGGUCUGGGAAAACUCUUUAGACAAAAAAUUGAAAAGACUUUGGAUUAUUUUGGGAUGCCAAAUAGGACAAAAAUUAUUUUUGACCAAAAUUUGUGCUACUGGUAUAUUCAGAUUUGUUUGAAGUGUUUUGUUCUUCUUUGUACCACAGCAAUUUGGAAAUGAUAAAAAAAAAAUCAUAGUAUAGUAUAGUAUAGUAUAGUAUAGUAUAAUGUUUAAUGAAAAAAGGUUGCUCCCUUACCAGCUUCUCUUUUUUCGCUCUCAAAAACAAAUAAAAAAUAAAUAAUAAUAAAAAAAUAAUAAAAAAAAACAGGUUAAGUUAAUGUACGGGUUAUUUGUGAUUUUGGAAGCCAGCCAAAAAUAACAAAUCAGGUUUUGACCAAAUUUUUUUACUUUAAUAUAUCAAAAAUAUAUUUUACCAAAAAGACAGAGGGCAAUAUUUUUCUAUAGGCUACUUUCCCUCCUUAUUUGGCAAACUGCCUGUAAUGAUUAUAUUGUGUAAUGAUCCAGUUUAGCAAACAGCGAUUAAAACAGUUGGUCUGAGUAAAAGACGUUUAAACCGUUGCCAGCUGACUGUGAUUUUUUUCACAGAGUGAAAGUCUUGCUUUGAUCAAGUGCUGAAGUGAAACACGUAUCAUAAUAAUGAGAUUGUAAUCCUACCAGCUGCCAAAAAAUGCUUCUGCACUGCAGUCAGUCUUUAAAGUAUUUAAAUACAAUUUUUCACAAAGAUUUUACUCUUAAUUGAGAUGCUAUUGAGAAAGUCAGUAGAUUUCAAAAUUCACUGUAUAUCAAUGAAAUUGAUGAUAUUCAACUGAUAGUUUAAAUGAUUGUCUAUGUUCACUAUGUAAAGGGUUUUCCCAGGCCACCACACAUUUAUCCCAGUCAGUAAGAAACUCUUUCCUGUUUGGAUCAUGAAUCUCGUAUUCUAUUGGAUCGUAAAACCUUGCUCCACAAUAAGUAGUCUGAUUGGUCAGUGAUAUUCACUUCACAUUUCCAUGAAGGAAUUUUUUUCCCUGCUCUCAUUGCUUGCUUGGUGCUGAUUUGGCUCCCUCAGGUAAAAUAAAUAAAUAAGUAAGUAGGUAAAUAAAUAAAUAAAACCAGGACCAAAAAUGCUGUUUGUUACUGCAAAAUUAAUGUUGCAGUUCACAUUUUUGCCUGUAUUUGUCAAUGUAGACUGUAGUUACACUGUACAGUAAACUAAGGAGUCAGGCUGUUGCCGAUAGAAUUAAAGUGAUUGUUUAGUGCCAGAUAUUUUUGGUAGUUUGUACAGUUUUUGUCUCAGAGACUUCAUUUAUUACACAGAGCUAGUAACAGUUAGUGACAUAGUUGUUGUUUUUGAGAACUUAGUGUGAAAAAAACUUGACUUUUCCACCAGAAAAUGUGGCGUGGUAAACAAAUAAUUGAAAGUGAGCUGAGUCAUAACUGGUCACCUUUCUUCCCAGAAUAAUACAUGCCCCAACCAGAGAUGUGUGGGUUGAGCUAAUAAUAAUAAUAAUGGCCACCAAUUGGUUGUAUCACAGAAUCAUCUUUCUGUCUAGAACUUAUUUUCCAAAGUUUUUUUGUACUAUUUUAGCAUUAUCAGAGGAGCAAACAUUUACAGUCUAGCCACUGAAUUUACAAUUUUUGCCUGCAGUUGGUGAUACAGGAGACACUAUUUCGAAUAACUAUUUGUGACAGCGAGGGCGUGGUCAACGCUGACUGUCAGUAAGAGAAGGAAUGGCCGAGAGUGGUUGUAGAGUGAGUGGGGGGUGAAGGGUUUUUAUAAUGCUGUUUGAGGUGAAAGAGUACCUACCACAAAAGAAAAAGUAAUGUUCUAAGCUGAAAAAUGACUUUCGUUUUGCUGAAGGAGUACGAACACAGACCAUGUGGAAGAUGCAUUCUUUUAGCGGUUAUGUCUGUAUAAUGCUACUUGAGGUGAAAACUGACUUCUACAUUUUCAAAGUUUGGUUUGGUGAACUACUAAAACUAUGGGGUGGGGUUGUGGUCUCUGGUUGGUCAAAAUAAUUAUUUUUGUGGUAAAAUUCUUGUUUUUCUCCUCUGUCUGGUUUGAUUCUCUUGUUAGUGAUGUUGGCACAACUGCAAUACACAGAAAAUAAAAACUACAA